GAUAAAAUCGCGACAAAAAACGUUCAGAAACAUGGAUUCCCUUCUGUGCUUUGUUGGGGAUGGAUGAGGCGGUUCAAAAGGACGGAUGGCGCUUCUCCUUCACAGAUUUGUCUUCCCCAACGUUCAGAACCGACCACCAUCUCCUCGACAUGACGCCUGGGACUGUGCGUCUCUCUCCCUACCAUCUGCUCGUCGUCUACCCCCGGCUUUCUCUACGAUAGCAGGGAGGAAGGCUCUUCAUUCUAGUGAAGGCCUUCCCAUUCAAAGAUGCUCUUCUUCUGAUUUGCUCGUGCCAACGUCAAGAGGAGGGACCGAGUCGGAUGAGAAAAUUGAAGACAGAAAGCAGACAAAUGACCUGAGCUCGUUGAGUGUCCAGGGAAGCCGCAAUUCUGAUGACAGAAUCUCUAAUUCCCCACAUUUUGUUGUUGACAAUAAUGCUCCUUUGGUCAAUGCCUUAAAGGCAUCAGCAAAAUGCAAUGCUGCUGGAUUUCACUUUCCGGGACAUAACAGAGGCAGGGCUGCACCACCUGCCCUUGCUCAACUUAUCGGGAAGAGGCCUUAUUUUCAUGAUUUACCUGAACUUCCUGAGCUUGAUAAUUUGUUUUCUCCACAAGGGGUUAUCCUUGAUGCCCAGAGACGAGCUGCAGAAUUGUUUGGAGCAACAGAGACAUGGUUUCUUGUUGGGGGAACAACAUGUGGCAUUCAAGCAUCAAUUAUGGCUACAUGUUCGCCAGGGGAAAUACUUGUCCUUCCUAGGAAUUCACAUAUAUCAGCAAUAUCUGGCAUGGUCUUGUCUGGCGCUUUGCCCAAAUACAUAAUUCCAGAGUAUAAUUCAUCCUGGGAUAUUGCUGGAGGAAUCAGUUCACAUCAGGUUGCCAAUGCAAUUGAAGAGUUGCAUAAAGAAGGUAAAAAGCCAGCUGCAGUUUUUGUUACCUCACCCACUUACCAUGGGAUCUGCAGUAAUAUAAACGAAAUCACUGAUCUAUGUCAUGCAUGGGGGAUUCCAGUAAUUGUUGAUGAGGCUCAUGGUGCUCAUUUCAAGUUUGAUCCCUGUCUUCCAAGGGCAGCGUUGGAGCAAGGCGCCGACCUUGUAGUCCAGUCCACCCACAAGGUUCUAUGCUCUCUUACACAGUCAUCAAUGUUGCACUUAUCAGGUGACAUUGUAGAUGGGGAGCAAAUUUGCAGAUUCCUACAGAUCCUUCAGAGCACCAGUCCAAGCUACCUGCUGCUUGCUUCUCUGGAUGCUGCUAGAGCACAAUUGAAUGAGAAUCCAGACACCAUUUUUGAUGAAUCGAUGCGUUUGAGCUACAAAUUGGUGGAAGAACUUCAGAUGAUUGCUGGUCUUUCACUGCUGAAAUCUACCAACUUCCAGAGCAUGCCUGAGAUGGAUCCCUUGCGUGUGACUGUUGGUACGUGGAAGCUUGGUGUAUCUGGAUAUAGAGCAGAUGAGUUCCUAUGUGAGAAACAUGAUGUCAUUGCGGAGCUCGCCUCUGGUAAGUCACUAACAUUUGCUAUCACCAUGGGCACAUGCAAAGAGCAUGUUGAUAGGCUUGUGCAUGGACUAAAGGAUCUUGCAGCUGGGCAUGGAUCAGAUACCUCAAGGCAAGCAAUGGAUGGAUAUGAUUGGGCAUCUUUUCCUGAUAUGAACAUAAAGCUGAGUCCUAGGGAGGCUUCCUUUGCAAAGAAAAGAAGGGUCCCCAUUCAAGAAAGUGUUGGUGAAAUUUGUGGGGAGCUCGUAUGUCCUUAUCCCCCAGGAAUUCCAAUAUUGAUCCCAGGCGAGGUUGUAACUGAAGAUGCUCUGUGUUAUCUUCUGGAUGCAAAAAAUGGAGGUGCUAUGAUCAGUGGAGCAGCUGACCCUAGUCUUGGUUAUAUGCUGGUAUGCAGCGUGUGAAGAUUCAGGUCGACUAGUGAAAGAGCUUAACAAAUAGCAAAAGAAGAGCGGGUGCUACUGUCCUACUGAAUAGAUGAAUUGGGUUAAAUUUUGGUCUUUGUUUCAAAUAUCUACACAAAUUUGUUCAAUAAAGAGUGCAUGAGUUUUCGCACUUAGUUAAACUCUAUUCCUGAUUGGACGCUACUUAUUUAUGACAUUCUAUCACAAAUGUGGAAUAA